AUGGAGUGGGUUCCAAGUACGAUUAUAUCAGAGACCAUCCGCCCGAACGGCGGCGGGGAAACCAGGCCUGUACGGAAUGUCGUCGUCAGAAGUCUCGGUGCUCCGGAGAGAGCCCUGAAUGUGCGAAUUGCAUUCGCAAGCAGCGUCGAUGUCGAUAUCCAACAACCAAAGAACCUGUUCAGUCGACGUCUCAACAGACUCAGCGGCCGUCAGAGGCUGUUCUCACUUAUCUCUCGUGAAGAACUUUUCCAGAGAGUUGGUGACUUUUUCGAGCGGAUUUAUCCGAUGACUUCAUAUGCCUUUCUUCAUGAGCCGACAAUUCGAGAGCAAAGCCAGAAUAACACCCUGGACCAGUGUCUUGCUCUAGCCAUUGUCGCAAUUGCAAAGAUAUUAUUGUCACCCAAAAGCCAGCCGUUAAAUGAGAGUGUGUCUCUCACCAAGAAAGCAGAGACGAUUAUCUUGGACCACCUGGAAAGGCCAUCUACUGUAAAACUCCAAGCCUUGAUCUUGAUUAUUCAUUAUCAUAUCCAGACCGGCCGUUUUUCGAGAGCGUAUAUGCUGACAGGUUUGGCCGCGAGAGCAGCCACUGCAUUGCGCCUCAAUUAUGAACGGCCCGAGUUAAGUUUCAUCGCCCAAGAGACUCGCCGGCGAGUUCUCUGGGCUCUAACAGCCAUCGACGGGGAUCCAGGGCAUGCAGCAACGCCGAGAUUGGCCCAUCUGGGAAAGGACUCGACCUCACCUAUCAGUUUGCUGGGUGUAUGCAUUCGACUUUCCAAAAUCCAAAAGGACAUCAUGCGCUUGACCCGACAAUUAGCUUUGUCGGAACAGCCUCUCGUACACCUGAGUGGUCUAAUUCAGGAAAUCCAGAAGGACCUAUGGCGAGUGCAGGCGGAUGUUGAACUAUCUUUUGGAUACCAAAUAACGUCUUCAACACACUUGAUCGCCAUACAGAACAACCGGUGGUUUACACGCUACCUUCAAAUAUCCAUCACCUGGCACCAGUCGCACUGCGAUCUAUACCGGCUCUUUCUCCCUGGAUACCCCGAAGCUGCCCCCAAAAUCAUUAUUGGAGCGAUGGAUAUCAGCAUUAGAGAACAUGCCGUCCGUCAAUGUCACGAGCAUGUUGAGCGUAUCAAUCAGAUACUUUCUGACCUGCAGAAUCUUCCCCCUACCUUGCUACUGCCGCACUCGAUUGCCAUUUGUGCAUACCACGCAACGCGAUUAACGCUUUUCCUUCUAUCUUCGCCUGAUGUGAACGUACCGUUGGAAAUGAGAGAUGCAAUCACAAAGGCACAUACAGCGGCAGCUGUCACCGAGACUUACUUUUCGUCUUCGCCGAGUACGAAACAAAUUGUCUUGGAUUUGCAAAGGCUUGAGCACGCAGUAAAUAUCGAGCCGGAGUCGAUAUACCGGGAGUUGUGUGGCCCGUCUCCGCCUUUUGAUCAGGGCUUCCACCGGCAUGGUCAUUUAGCGAUUCAUAGCUUGGUUCGACAGGCUAAUUUUGUGGAUGAUGGUUAUGAUUGA